AUGGGGAAAAAUAAUAAAAAGCAAUCAAGGGGAUUAAAAAAUAAAAAAGAUGAACUUGCAAAGAAUCCUGAACCUAUUAUAACAGAUGAAAGAUUUUCACAGAUAUAUAAUGAUCCAAAAUAUAGAUUAAUUAAAUCGGAUAACUUAAAGAUUAAAUUGGAUGAUAGAUUUAAAAAAGAAGAAUUUAUCAAUACAAUUGAUGGACAUGUUACUAAGAUUGAUAAAUAUGGUAGAAAAUUAAAAAGUGGAUAUAGCAAAAAUCGAAACACACUUGAUCAAGAAUUCGAUAAAUUUUUUGAAAAAGAAGAUGAAAAAGAAGAUAAUAUGGGUGAUGAAGACAAUAUUGAUCGUGCUUGUGGUGAAGAAAGAGGAUCAAGUAGUAGUGAAUCAGACUCAGAUUCUGACUCAGAUUCAGAUUUGGAUUCAUUUGGUGAACUAGAGAGUGAUGAGGAAAUUGAAAUUGAAGAGGAAAAACCUGAAGAAGGAGAACCAUCAUCAGUUUUAGCAGCAGUUAAUUUAGAUUGGGAUAAUAUAAAUUCAAAAGAUUUAAUGUUUACAUUUCAAAGUUUUAUAAAAAAUAAACAAUCAAUAAUAUCAAUUACUAUUUACCCAAGUGAGUAUGGAAAGGAAAAAAUGGCUAAAGAAGACGUUGAGGGACCAUCAAGAGAGUUUUUUAAAGAUAAUAAGAAAAAAAACAAGAAAGCUGAUGAUUUAGAAUCCGAUUCAGAAUCUGAUUCAGAUUCAGAUUCAGAUUCAGAUUUAGAGAUAAAUGAUAAAAGAGAUUUCGAUCAAAAUAAAGAAAAAAUUAUUAAAAAAUUGUAUGAGGAAGAUGAAGGAGUCGAUUAUAAUUCUAAAAAAUUGCGAAAAUAUCAAUUACAAAGAUUAAGAUAUUAUUAUGCAAUAAUAAGAUGCGAUUCAAUUGAGACAGCACAGGAGAUAUACAAGAAUUGUGAUGGAUUGGAGUAUGAAUCUACGGCGAAUUUUUUUGAUUUGAGAUAUGUUCCAGAGGAUAUGGAAUUUGACGAUGAUGAAAAAAGAGACUUUUGUGAUAAAUUGCCAAACAAUUAUAAGGCUAAAGUUGAUUUCACUACAUCAGCAUUACAACAUUCUAAAGUAAAAUUGACAUGGGAUGAGACACCAGCUGAAAGAUUAGAGAUGGCUACCAAAGCAUUUAAUCAGAAGGAGAUUGAAGAUAUGGAUUUCAAGGCAUAUUUGGCUAGUGACAGUGAAGAAGAAGAAGAGAUUGAAAAAUUGAAUGGUAAGAGUAGUAAGAAAAGAGCCAAGGAAAUAAAAAAUAAAUACAAAGACUUAGUUAAUAAGAGCAUAAUGAUUGGAGAUCAAUCAAUAUUUGAUGGAUUUGAGGAUAAGAGUAAAGAUGUCGAUAUGGAAAUUACGUUUACACCUGGAAUAGCAGAUGAGACAAAUGAAAGUGAGAAAAAUGGCGAUGGGGAAAAAGAGGAAACUGAAACUACGCUUGAUAAAUAUAAGCGUAAGGCAUCAGAACGUCGUAAAGCUCGUAUGGAUAAGAUCAAAGAAGAGAAGGAGAAAGAGAAAGAAGAGAAAAAGGCACUUAAAGAGAGUAGGCGAAACAAACACAGAAGGAAACAUCAAGAUGAAAGUGACGAUGAGGCGAGCAGAGAGGACAAAGCCAAAUCCAAAGCAGAGCUUGAGUUGUUACUUAUGGAUGAAGACAAUGAUAAGAAGCAUUUCAAUCUUAAGGAGAUAAUGAAGGCCGAGAAGCAGGAAAUGAAGAACAAGAAGAACAAGAAGAGGCAAAGCGAGCCAGAGGAAGCAGAGGAAGGAUUCCGUAUCGAUAUGGACGACGAUCGUUUCAGAGAGAUUUUUGAGGACCACGACUACGCCAUUGACCCCAACGAGCCCGAAUUCCGGAAGACCAAGGCGAUGAUGAAGGUGCUUGAUGAACGCAACAAACGACAGGACAGCAGCAGAAGAAGCAGAGGCAACACCGGCAAAGAGAGCCGGAAGAGAAAAGCCGGCGAUGUGGAGAGUCUCGUUGAGAAGCUCAAGCGUAAGUACCGUAAAUAG